UGGGAAGAUGGAUGGAGAGAUGGAGGGAGAGAAGAAUAGAUGGAUGGAUGGAAAAAUGGAUGGGAAGAUGGAUGGAGAGAUGGAGAGAAGGAUAGAUGGAUGAAUGAAUAGACAGACAAAAAACAGAAACCUAGACUUUAUUGUCUUUAGAUUGAACCAUAUGAAAUUACUAUUUUUGGCCAGGUGCAGUGGCUCAUGCCUGUAAUCCUAGCACUUUGGGAGGUUGUGAGGUCAGGAGUUCGAGACCAGCCUGGCCAACAUGGUGAAACACCGUCUCUACUAAAAAUACAAAAAUUAGCUGGGCGUGGUUGCUUGUACCUGUAAUCCCAGCUACUUGGGAGGCUGAGGCAGGAGAAUCACUAGAACCCGGGAGGCUGCGGUUGCAGUGAGCCACGAUGGUACCACUGCACUCCAGCCUGGAUGACAGAGCAAGACUCCAUCUCAUAAAAAAAGAAAAGAAAGAAAUUACUAUUUUUGUUUUAAAAAUUACCAAGUGCUUAAUUUUAUGCAGGUUGAAAUAUUUUGGGGGGAAGGAUACUGAUGUCUACAGUUAACUUUGAAAUGCAUCAAAAAUAGGAUGUGAUAAAGCACAUGUGGUAAUCAUGUUAAUGGUAGAGGCUAGUAGUGGGUAUACAGGAAUUUACCGUAAAAUUCUUUCGGCUUUGCUGUGCAUUGGAAAGUUUCAUAAAAAAUCAUGGGAAAUGGUCUAGGCGCCGUGGCUCAUUGGUGAAUAUUGUCAAUUUCAUGUGGUUCCCCUCAAUUUAUGUUUUAUUUAGCCAAAAAGAUCCUUCCAGGUUCCCAAUCUGUAGCAUCAACAGAUCUGAUUUGUGGAGUCCCCUUUGGCCCUUGUUCUGCCCCGAUUUGGGGGCUGGGGGCUGGGGGCUGACGUUUCUCCCUCUCAAAGUUCAGGUUGAAUUGCCCUAACGUGCUGAUUACUGCACCGAGGAUGCCGGUAUCUGGCUUGCAAUAAUUAUAGAUUUCCUCUGCGAUUUGAUCCCAUUGGUUGCCUCGGCAACGGCGUAAUAGCUCAACCGAAGCUCUGUCACGGUGAUUUAGAACCAGUGUGUCUCUCCUGCAGCCUCCAUUCUGGGUGCCUCCACCCCCUUGCCGUCGUCAUGGUAACUGAUGAGCAGCAUGUGACCGAAAGCUCUCUGCCCCCCAACCCCGUACCCCCUCCCCAUCUUGUGAUCACCCUCAUUACCUCUUCUAGGCCCCCUGAGGACCUGCGUUGACCCAGCAUGGGCUACAGUGGGGGAGUUGGGUAAUUGCUCCCGUUGCAUCCUGUUUCUGUCUGAAAACCCUUGUCUUUCUGAAUCCGUCUUUCAGUCUCUCAUGUUCUGUCUCUCCCCUCCUCCUUCACCUUCCCUCCAUCCCUCUCCCUUGCGCACUUGCCGGGUACCAGCUGAGUGCAUCCUUUUCCCAAACCUGCUCUGCUUCCAAGGGGCCCUUUCCUGUCUCCUCCACCUGUCCCUAUGUUUUGGGGACUGCCUGGAAAUCCGGGACACCCUCCUGAGGAGGGAGCUGGUGCCCAACGGCACCUCUUAGGAUGAACCCAGCCAGCUGCGUUCCUGGCCUCUGCAGAAUGGCAUACAGAAGGCAUUUUAAGCAAGCGAGCUGAGCUCGCCGCAGGACUCCGACUACCAGGCACCGGUGGCAGCACGCAAAGGGCGUCCCUGUCCCUCAAGGGGUCAUGGCCUCCAUGUUGCUCGCCCAGCGCCUGGCCUGCAGCUUCCAGCACAGCUACCGCCUGCUGGUGCCUGGAUCCAGACACAUUAGUCAAGCCGCAGCCAAAGUCGACGUUGAAUUUGAUUAUGAUGGGCCUCUGAUGAAGACGGAAGUCCCAGGGCCUAGAUCUCGGGAGUUAAUGAAACAGCUGAAUAUAAUUCAGAAUGCAGAGGCUGUGCAUUUUUUCUGCAAUUACGAAGAGAGCCGAGGCAAUUACCUGGUUGAUGUGGACGGCAACCGAAUGCUGGAUCUUUAUUCCCAGAUCUCCUCUGUCCCCAUAGGUUACAGCCACCCCGCCCUGCUGAAACUCAUCCAACAGCCUCAAAAUGCGAGCAUGUUUGUCAACAGACCCGCCCUCGGAAUCCUGCCUCCGGAGAACUUUGUGGAGAAGCUCCGGGAGUCCUUGCUCUCGGUGGCUCCCAAAGGGAUGUCCCAGCUCAUCACCAUGGCCUGCGGCUCCUGCUCCAAUGAAAACGCCUUCAAGACUGUCUUCAUGUGGUACCGGAGCAAGGAAAGAGGGCAGAGGGGCUUCUCCCAGGAGGAGCUGGAGACGUGCAUGAUUAACCAGGCCCCUGGCUGCCCCGACUACAGCAUCCUCUCCUUCAUGGGCGCGUUCCAUGGGAGGACCAUGGGUUGCUUAGCGACCACGCACUCUAAAGCCAUUCACAAGAUCGACAUCCCUUCCUUUGACUGGCCCAUCGCACCGUUCCCACGGCUGAAAUACCCUCUGGAAGAGUUUGUGAAAGAGAACCAACAGGAGGAGGCCCGCUGUCUGGAAGAGGUGGAGGAUCUGAUUGUGAAAUAUCGGAAAAAGAAGAAGACGGUGGCCGGGAUCAUCGUGGAGCCCAUCCAGUCUGAGGGUGGAGACAACCACGCAUCCGAUGACUUCUUUCGGAAGCUGAGAGACAUCGCCAGGAAGCAUGGCUGCGCCUUCUUGGUGGACGAGGUCCAGACCGGAGGAGGCUGCACGGGCAAGUUCUGGGCCCAUGAGCACUGGGGCCUGGAUGACCCAGCAGACGUGAUGACCUUCAGCAAGAAGAUGAUGACUGGGGGCUUCUUCCACAAGGAGGAGUUCAGGCCUAAUGCUCCCUACCGGAUCUUCAACACCUGGCUGGGGGACCCGUCCAAGAACCUGUUGCUGGCUGAGGUCAUCAACAUCAUCAAGCGGGAGGACCUGCUAAAUAAUGCAGCCCAUGCCGGGAAGGCCCUGCUCACAGGACUGCUGGACCUCCAGGCCCGGUACCCCCAGUUCAUCAGCAGGGUGAGAGGACGAGGCACCUUUUGCUCCUUUGAUACUCCCGAUGAUUCCAUACGGAAUAAGCUCAUUUUAAUUGCCAGAAACAAAGGUGUGGUGUUGGGUGGCUGUGGUGACAAAUCCAUUCGUUUCCGUCCCACGCUGGUCUUCAGGGAUCACCACGCUCACCUGUUCCUCAAUAUUUUCAGUGACAUCUUAGCAGACUUCAAGUAAAGAAGCCAUUUCCACUACAGUGAGAAAGCCCUGAUCCCAACAGUUGUCAAAUUGAUUAGUUUGCCUAAUUCAUGUUUUCACUUAAAAGUAUCAGAGGUGAAUGCACAGUGAAGGGUGAUUUGUGGGGAGGGAACAUUUUUGGUGGUCUUGGGGGAGGGGAGGGGAGGGAAGGGCUGGUGUUGAUUUUCCUCCCUGCAGAACCAAUGGUGCACAUUGGUUUAAGCCCAGAGAUCCUGCUUGAUCCCUGGACUCAUCUUGGGAAGGGCCAUGGGAAGUUCUGGCUAGAGUUCUGCCCAACCUUGACCAACCCCAGCAAUUUUUCCAAAAGCCAGUCAAGGGCAUUACAUUUGUUCCUGGGACUGGCAGCUGGGCCUCCUGGGUGCCAGUCCAUCUCAAGUGCCAUAUUCUGUGAUCACGGAUGUUGGCUCCCCCUCGCCCUAUGCAAGCAAACACACUCUCACCUCCUCUCCCAGCCCCCCGGAGCUCUGAGCACGCCCCACGCAUGGUGCAGGAGGAACUGGACAGAUCUGAGGAAGGCCGUAAAAUGGGGACAGGAGGAUUCAGCUCAGGCGUAAGGGAAGAGGUCCUCUGGCCCCCUGAAGAUGAGAAUCACUCCUCUCAGUGCACCUGGGGAUCCCCCUAAACUGUGAAUUCUGCCCUGGACAGGGCUUUGCCCUUGGAGGAUCCCCAGGCAUCACCCGUGAUUCUUACUCGGCAUCCUCCAUUCCCCAAACUCCCUCCUCCCUGUUAAAUGUCAACCUAGACCUGGACCUUGGUGGGAGGAACCUGUAGCCUGAGUGUCCACAGGGACACACGUGAGCCCCAGGGCUAGAAGCACAGGCCCGUCACCCCAGGAGGAAAAGCCCAGGGUCUGGGGCAGCAGAGCCAUCGCAUCAUGUUUCCCAGGGCAACUUGAGGUCUGACUUUUGGCUCCCUCGCCCUCAGAGGCUCUUCCUCUCUUUUGCUCAUCCACCUUCACACCACUUCUGAGCAGACCCCCAGGAAUAGCUUGGCUGUUCCACCAGAGCAGAGGGAAUCAUUGCUGGACUGGAUUUAUUCUGGAGGGAAGCACCAUGAAUUAAAGGGGCCAGAGCUCCAUGCAUGGAAAAGUGGCCUGUUGGUUCAACGUGGUUUCCUUGUACUUGAUCCUCCUGAAAUGAGAGAUUUUCCUGAGAUGACUGAGUAUGGAGAUUACCAGGCAGAUGAUACCGAAAUGCUCAACGGGGCUGUGGCUGAGGCUGUAGCAUCUCUGCUGGAGGUGAGACACUCUGGGAACUGAUUUGACCUCGAAUGCUCCUAAAAGAGAACUUGAUAGCCUGACAGCAGAGAAGUAUUAUUUGGUGGGGAGUCUGAGAAAGCCUGGCUUGUAUUAUCUGUCCAAAAGGAAGCCUCUUCAUCUCCCGGUGCCUUGGUUGACUAUUUUGGAAAUAGGCAUAUCAAGGUUCCUGAUUCAGCACUUUGCUCUUUUAAUAACAAAUCGUCCAAAGAUCUCAAAGUAAGGGUUUUUUUUUUUUAGCUUCCACUCUUCCGCAGACUUGGUCAUCGACCUAUUUUUGUUGAGGAAUGAAAGGCAAUGACAAGUUUAACAUAUACAAAUUCGUGAAUUCUUGUUCAUUUUGCAUUCUUGCAGUCAGUGCUAAUCCGUCGUUCUUAAUCAGGAGUUCUGCCAGGUUUAAGGUCACCUGCACUCCCAGCCAAGUGGUGAUGUAUGCCUCCCACUCUCUGCAAGGUUUUCCUCAUUUUUAUAUUCAUUUAUUCAUCAUUCAUUCACCUAACUUUCAUUAAAUAGCUGCACCAUCCCAGGCCCUGUGCGGAGCAUCGGGAAUACAAAAAUGAGAUAAAACAUUGUCCCUGCCCCCGGGGUCUCACAUGCCACUGGAAACAACAGACUCUUAAACUAACAAUUCAAGCAGGCGCCAAGUGCUACGACAGAGGUGUGAAUAAAAGCAUCAGGAAAUCGGAUGGAGUACCACCAUUCACCCAAGGGUCAGAGGACGUUUCAAAGAAAAGGUGUCAUUGGAGCAGUGUUUUGCAGAAUGAGCCAGAGUCCACCAAGCAGACAAGGCAAGGAAGGGUGUUGCAGAGAGGGAACAGCAUAUGCAAAGGCCUAUCAGUUCAUGGCAUCACAUCUUUCACUGGGGAAGCCAGAUUCCACAGGCAGCAUCCCAAGCUUCAAUAAGGCCUUAUUUAACAAGCAAGCAAAAUGCAAACCAAACCAUUAUUCAUGUAUUGGGUUAAGUAUGCUUUCUCCUGAAAACUUUAGCAUUGGGUGCAAAUAUUCAGUAUGGUUCUCGGAGUCCAAAGGGUUUUAAGUCAGGGCACAACCAGAAAAUUGGCUCUCUUUGGUAGGGAGAGGGGCUCCAAUAUUUCGUUCUCUCCCCAUGGGGCACUGACAGAGAAAUGAAAUCGUUUUAUCUGGAAAAUUCCAGAGUUAUUAUUUACUCCUUACCAAGGAAAGUUACUUCUUGUAAAAACUUUUAAGCCAUUUAUCAACAAGGUCUUAUUGACUCAGGGCAUAAUGAGUUCCUGAGACAUCCUCUUUUGGGGGCUGGGGCUUUAGCUAGAAGAAUUUCAAGGAAAAGAAUUCUCAGCAGAGCUCAAGACUGUAGAAACUCAGCAGAAGCUGGUAAAAACAUGGGGAGCCCGGAGGACAGGCUGCUGUCCAGGGCAGAGGCCAUGAAGAAGUGCUUCCGUGGCCGACAGUCUGGAAAUGAAUCCAUCAUACAUUAGUGCCAUAGAGUUUAGUAACUGUCCAGCAAGUGUCGUCACUUUUACAGAAAACAAGGUCCAGUAAUAGCAAGUCUUAGUACAUCCUCACUUUUAUUAUAAAUGGGUGUUUUUUUAUAAUUUUUACUGACGCUCAGUAACCAUGCAAAAUUGUGUAUAGCAUUAAUGUAUCUACAUACCUAUACCUAUCUAUAUAUAAGCUCAUGGUAGAAAACCAUAGCUAAGUAGCAUCACAGACUUACGCGUACAAAGUGAUCUUGUUUACAAGUAAUCUGUUGACAGUGCCAAUAAAUGAUAAAAAAAUUAACAUGUCACAAUGUAACGGAUGACCAUAUGCACAAUUCCAUGAAUUAAAUCUGUUUCCUGUGUUAGUAUUCUUAAAUAAAAUUUAUAAUUGAAACAUGA